UAACGGCGCCGCCGCCUGACUCGGUGGUAGGCCCCGGGCUGGCGGUGAAGAUGGCGGAGCUGAGCGGAGGCGGUGAGGCCGUCCCGGGCGGGGAGGCUGAAACGGCCCCGGGAGGUCCCGCUGGGGCUCUGAUCCGCGUCACGGUGAAAACCCCGAAGGAUAAAGAAGAGAUCGUGAUCGCCGACGGAGCCUCCGUGCGGGAGUUCAAAGAAGAGAUUUCCAGGAGGUUUAAAGCCAAACAGGAUCAGCUGGUUCUGAUCUUUGCUGGGAAGAUCCUGAAGGAUGGAGACACCUUGAACCAACACGGGAUCAAGGAUGGGCUGACUGUCCACUUGGUCAUCAAAACUCCACAAAAGAUCCAAGAUUCAGCAUCUGCUGCUUCUGUCCCCAGCUCUGCUUCUGUCCCCUCUGUCACCUCUUCCUCUCCUGCUGUCACCUCCCAACCUUCCACCUCCGGCAGCAGCGCAGCAGACGGGGGGAGCAGCAGCAGCAGCAACAGACAGAGCAGUGGGGCAGGGAGCAUGGGAGGAGGGCCUGGAGAUGGAGGCCCCAACAGCACCACUUCCAUCCUCUCUGGCUUUGGUGGCAUCUCUGGGCUGGGCAACCUUGGGAUGGGUUCUGCCAACUUCAUGGAACUCCAGCAGCAGAUGCAGAGGCAGCUGAUGUCCAACCCUGAGAUGCUUUCUCAGAUCAUGGAGAAUCCUUUGGUUCAGAACAUGAUGUCCAACCCUGACCUCAUGAGACAGAUGAUCAUGGCCAACCCCCAGAUGCAGCAGCUCAUGGAGAGAAACCCAGAGAUAAGCCACAUGCUCAACAACCCUGAGCUGAUGAGGCAGACCAUGGAAUUGGCUCGGAAUCCUGCCAUGAUGCAGGAAAUGAUGAGGAACCAGGACCGGGCUUUGAGUAACCUGGAGAGUAUUCCCGGAGGAUACAACGCCCUGCGUAGGAUGUACACAGACAUCCAGGAGCCCAUGUUCAGUGCAGCCAGGGAGCAGUUUGGCAACAAUCCUUUCUCUUCUCUGACGGGGAACUCGGACAGCUCAAGCUCUCAGCCUCUGAGGACAGAAAACAGGGAACCACUUCCCAAUCCCUGGAGCCCCACACCCCCAGCUCCCCAGAGCCAAGCAGCUGGCAGUGAAGGGAGCCCCAGCUCAGCAACCCCCCAAAGCACACCCACUGUGUCCAACCCCUUUGGGCUGAAUGCUGCUGGCAUUGGGGCUGGGAUGUUCAGCAGCCCAGAGAUGCAAGGGCUCCUGCAGCAGAUUUCUGAAAACCCUCAGCUGAUGCAGAACAUGAUCUCUGCUCCUUACAUGAGGAGCAUGAUGCAAACUCUUGCCCAGAACCCAGACUUUGCAGCACAGAUCAUGGUAAAUGUCCCUCUCUUUGCUGGGAAUCCACAGCUUCAGGAACAGCUUCGCCUUCAGCUCCCUGUCUUCCUGCAGCAGAUGCAGAACCCAGACUCCCUCUCCAUCCUCACCAACCCCCGUGCCAUGCAGGCCCUGCUCCAGAUCCAGCAGGGACUCCAGACACUGCAAACAGAGGCCCCAGGACUAGUGCCAAGUCUUGGCUCCUUGGGGAUCCCUCGGGUGCCCCCGUCCUCCCCAGGAGGAAGCACAAUCCCGGAGAACCCUCUUCCCUCUGCUUCCACGCCUGCCAGUGCCUCUCCAGCUGGGGCUGGGAACCCCCAACAGCAGCUGAUGCAGCAGAUGAUCCAGCUGCUGGCUGGAGGAAGCUCCCAAGCUCAGAGCCCUGAAGUGCGAUUCCAACAGCAGCUGGAACAGCUGAAUGCCAUGGGCUUCAUCAACAGGGAAGCCAACCUCCAGGCCCUGAUUGCCACAGGAGGAGACAUCAAUGCAGCUAUUGAGAGACUGCUGGGCUCCCAGCCUUCCUAAAAUUCCUCAACUCCACUCACUUGCUGCUGCCCUGCAGGUGUCAGCCAGCACAUGCAUCCAUAACACAUGCACAGGGGGAUCUUUCAGGCAAGCCUGCCACCAUUUUCAUAUCUGACAGAGAUGUCCAUGUAUUUAAAACAAAAGAAAACAACAAAAAGAAAAAAAAAAACCCCACAGCUUAACCCUUGACCUUCCUACUAAGUUAAGAUUUCAUGUUGAAACGCUCUUUAACUUGGCUUGUAUGUGGAUUCCAGUUCUCAUCGUGGCCACAGAGACUUCAGAUGUGUAUUUUUGCCUCAAGCUGCCCUCUUGUCUCAGCCACUCUUCUCUCUCUCUCUCUAGAUGGUAGAGGUGAUCCUUCUAGUUACUUACCUGAAUGAUUGUGUUUUGAGUAGCUUGAUUUUACCUGUACAUGAUGCCCUCCUCUUGCCCUCCUUGCAGGCAAAUAUUUAAAACUUUGAGCCAGGUUUGGGUGAGGGUUUUUUUUUUUUUCCUCCCAGCAUCUUCUUGGGAACGGAUCAAAAAGAAACAAUGGAAAUCACCUGGAAAUUUCUGCUCUCAUUUGUUUCAUUGCUCCAGUGGAUGAACUGAGCCUGUGGCCCUUGCACUCAGGUGCCUCUGAUCUCCUGAAUCUGCAGGAAAACCCUUUGGAGAGCGGCCUCAUCCUGCUCUUGGGAUGGUGUAAAGGAGCCUGGAUGCCCUCAGGGAUCAGGCUUGGCUGUUCCUGCAGAAGAAGAGGUUGGGAAAGUGUUUUUGCCCCAGCAGUUCUUGCUCAGUGGGGUCAGGAGUUCCUUGACUCUUGUGCUCAGCAGGCUGGUUGCUGAAAGUGUGAAAACAAAAGAAGGAAACUCAAAAAAAAAAAAAAAAAAAGAAGUGAAAUCUUUUUUUUUUGCUUCGCUGGAAAAAACGUCAAAAAGAGUUCACGUUCUGCCCAGUUUGGAUCCAUCCUCCACUCCCUCCCCCCCUCUCCAUUUUGGUGUGUUUGAAUGUUUUCUCCAAGAAGCUCCCCAAGGACCAGCAGGGUGAUAUUUUCCCCAGAGCCUCCAUGGCUGUGUCAUUUGCAAACCAUUUUUAUCAAAGGAAAAUAAAUGCGCACAACCAUC